AUGCAGAUGAUCAUAUCGGCACUUCUCUUGGGGCUGUGGGGGGCCGUCGAGGGGGCUUUUCCGAGCAGCGUGCAGAUUGGAGGUUUGUUCAUCAGGAACACAGAUCAGGAAUACACAGCCUUCCGACUGGCCGUCUUCCUCCACAACACCAGCCCCAAUGUGACCGAAGCGCCGUUCAACCUCGUGCCGCACGUGGACAACAUCGAGAGCGCCAACAGCUUCGCCGUCACCAACGCAUUUUGCUCUCAGUACUCGCGGGGUGUGUUCGCCAUAUUCGGAGUGUACGACAAGCGUUCGGUCCACACGCUCUCGUCGUUCUGCGCUUCCCUGCACAUCUCCCUCAUCUCGCCCAGCUUCCCGGCCGAGGGCGACACUCAGUUCCUCAUCCAGCUCCGCCCGUCCGUCCGGGGGGCGCUGCUCAGUGUCAUCGACCACUACGAGUGGAACCACUUCGUCUUCCUGUACGACACGGACAGAGGGUACAGCAUCCUGCAGGCCGUGAUGGAGAGAGCCGGUCAGAACGGGUGGCAGGUCAGUGCGAUCUGUGUGGAGAACUUUGGUGACACGGCCUAUCGGCGCCUCCUGGAGGAUCUGGAUCGCCGGAACGAGAAGAAGUUCGUCAUUGAUCUAGAAGCAGAUCGACUCCAGAACUUUCUAGAGCAGGCCGUGAGUGUGGGGAAGCACGUGAAAGGUUAUCACUACAUCAUCGGCAACCUGGGAUUUAAGGAUGUGACUCUGGAGCGGUUCAUGCAUGGUGGAGCCAACGUUACUGGUUUCCAGUUGGUGGAUUUUAGUAAACCGAUGGUGAUCAAGCUGAUGCAGCGCUGGAACAAGCUGGAUCAGAGAGAAUACCCGGGAACUGAGACCCCACCCAAGUACACUUCCUCUCUGACGUACGAUGCCGUACUGGUGAUGGCCGAGGCGUUUCGGAACCUCCGGCGGCAGAAGAUCGACAUCUCUCGCCGGGGGAACGCGGGGGACUGUCUGGCCAAUCCGGCGGCUCCCUGGAACCAGGGCAUUGACAUGGAGCGCACCUUAAAACAGGUGCAGAUUCAGGGUCUGACAGGGAACAUCCAGUUCGAUCAAAACGGACGCAGGGUGAACUACACCAUGGACGUCUUCGAACUGACCAGCAUCGGCCCUCAGAAGAUUGGCUACUGGAACGACAAUGAUAAAUUGGUGCUGGUGCAGAACGAGCUGGACGGAGGAAACGGCUCGGCUGUGGAGAACAGAACGGUCAUCGUCACCACCAUCAUGGAGGGUCCGUACGUCAUGUUCAAGAAGAACUGGGAGAUGUACGAGGGCAACGAUCAGUUCGAGGGAUACUGUGUGGAUCUGGCAUCCGAGAUCGCCAAACACAUCGGAAUCAAGUACAAGAUCUCCAUCGUGCCGGACGGGAAGUACGGAGCCAGGGAUCCGGAGACCAAAAUCUGGAACGGGAUGGUCGGGGAGCUGGUGUACGGGAAGGCGGAGAUCGCCGUUGCACCUCUCACCAUCACUCUGGUGAGAGAAGAAGUGAUCGACUUCUCCAAACCCUUCAUGAGCCUCGGAAUCUCCAUCAUGAUCAAGAAGCCUCAGAAGUCCAAACCGGGUGUGUUCUCCUUCCUGGACCCGCUGGCCUACGAGAUCUGGAUGUGUAUCGUGUUCGCCUACAUCGGCGUGAGCGUCGUGCUCUUCCUCGUGAGCCGCUUCAGUCCCUACGAGUGGAAACGAGACGAGGUCGAGGAGGAGGCCGACCCUGACCAGCCGCCCAACGAGUUCGGCAUCUUCAACAGCCUCUGGUUCAGCCUGGGAGCGUUCAUGCAGCAGGGGUGCGACUUUACACCCAGGUCUCUGUCUGGUCGUAUAGUCGGAGGCGUGUGGUGGUUCUUCACUCUCAUCAUCAUCUCGUCCUACACUGCCAACCUGGCAGCGUUCCUCACCGUGGAAAGAAUGGUCUCUCCCAUCGAGAGCGCCGAGGAUCUUGCCAAGCAGACGGAGAUCGCCUACGGCACGCUGGACGCCGGCUCCACCAAAGAGUUCUUCAAGAGAUCUAAGAUCGCCGUGUAUGAGAAGAUGUGGUCCUACAUGAAGUCAGCCGAACCCUCGGUGUUCACCAAGACCACGGCGGAGGGCGUGUCCCGAGUGCGGCGCUCUAAGGGGAAGUAUGCGUUCCUGCUGGAGUCCACCAUGAACGAGUACACGGAGCAGAGGAAGCCGUGCGACACCAUGAAGGUCGGAGGGAACCUCGACUCCAAGGGCUACGGCAUCGCCACGCCCAAGGGCUCGCAGCUAAGAACCCCGGUUAACCUCGCAGUAUUGAAACUGAGUGAAGCAGGAGUCUUAGACAAACUGAAAAACAAGUGGUGGUACGAUAAGGGCGAGUGUGGACCCAAGGACUCGGGAAGUAAGGAUAAGAGCUCUCAGGCUCUGAGUCUGAGCAACGUGGCUGGGGUCUUCUACAUCCUGGUGGGGGGGCUCGGCCUCGCCAUGCUGGUGGCGCUCAUCGAGUUCUGCUACAAGUCGCGAGCGGAGGAGAAAAGACUAGCCAGCGAGUGGAAGCAGAAACAGGCCGAGUCGUCGGAGCUGAACUUCAGUCCGUCGCAGAGCCCGAGUCAGAGCGCGCAGAACCUGGCAACGUACAGAGAAGGCUACAACGUCUACGGAUCCGAUGGCAUAAAGAUAUAGCAGCUUUAGCUCAUCUUCACUGAAGCCAUAACGGACUCCUUAAGGACCAGCUGUUGAUCACAGGAGGAAGAUGGACGCAAAGGUAUCGACUAAGGCUCUGCCUACGAUGGACAGUGACGACAGUAACCAAAAAAAUCUCACCCUGUGCCUUACGCCACGCCCCCGCCGACUGCGGCAUGCUUCCUGCUCAACCGUACUACGUAAAAACUACUCAAACACAAAACUCAAGGAGUACGGCAUUUAAAAAUGUCAAGAUACUGAUGACACUGGACGAAAAUGUGAAUAAAAAAGAACUAGCAGACAAACACUGAGACAGUGUGCACCCUUAGGUAAUGGUAGCGUUUCCUGGAGCCUUAACACCACAUCAUCGCCAAAACCCCAAUUUCAGAGACGACAACAAUGCUCGGGAGACCAUAAAGCUGUUAAAUAGAUUGUAUCGCAUUUCCUCUUCUCACCACAUUUACUUUAGUCACCAUAUAGCAGAGAUUCUCCACCGGGGUGCUGCAGCCCACUGAAGAAGCUCAGUGAGGUCCCCAAAAAGCCUACAAGAGAAUGUGAUUUAUUUAAAAUAUAUAUUAUAUUAAAAAAAUGAUGAAAUUGCAGCAAACAUCUAUACUUUUCAUUAGACUGACUUCUAAUAAAUAUAACUUAAUAUAUGCAAUUAUUAAAGCACUGUAGCCACAUUCAUUUCAUCAGAACAGCAUAGCCGAGACUAAACAAACGUAUCAUGCAAAUAUAAAGAUGAAAACUUGGUUAUUUUUUGAGCAAAGCAGGCAGCGCUCACACAGUAAUGGUGGAAAACAACUUCAAUCUUUAGCAUAGACCUAAAAAACAUGUUUAGGAUGAAUAAUUUUUAUUUUAUUAGCUUAUAAAGACACUAUAUAGACAAAAGCCUUUCUAAUUUUGAAGUUAUUGCUAAAUCUAUGACAUGAAGGAAAUGAUAAGCUUCCAACUUUGCAGCAACAGUUGUUUCACUAUGACCGUGUAAUUGUGCACAAAGCAGCUCUAUACAGACAUGAAGAAAAGCUCGGUUUACUGCACAGAAUCCUGACCUCAGCCCCACUCAACAGCUCUGGAAUGAACCGGAACAUCAGCUGAGGCUUUCUUGACCAGCCAUACAAAUUUUCUUUUGACUGAAGUCUUGUGAGAAGCCUUCUAAGAAAAGUGGCUGUUGUUAUAGCUGAAAAAAUAUACCAUCAAAAACCAGUAUACCACUUGUUUUUUUAUAACGGGAUGUCCAGCAAUCUCAUGGUCAGGUGUCCAAAUCCUUUUGACCAUAUAUUUUAUGUUUUAAUGUUGCACUGGUUGAUAUUUAGUUAUUUAUGCAGUGAAAAUAUCAGAGAAGUAAUAAAAUGACAGAAUUUACAGAUGACAGAAGCAAGUGUAUCCAGACAAACACACAUUUUUCCAGCUUAUUAAUGUUAUAAACGUUAUAAACAUGCUACAAGGCCUUCAGUCUACUACAGAUUUGUCUGCUGACAAAUGAAAACUUGUAUUCUCUCUUUCUAAAUGACUGACAUCUUGAAAUACUCUGUGUGUAGCAGGAAAACACGGUCUGCUGCCGUAGUGUACACCAGGUAUGUUUUUAUCCACACCCUUCAAAAUGUUUCUGUAAAGUCAACAAAAGAAAAGUGACUGCUGUUAGACAAAAUUGUGACCAUCGUUAGGUGCACUGUGCACCACUGGAUUACACAGGCUGGACCCUGCUGACCAUCACAAACUGGAUAAAGUAUUUGGCAAAAUAACAUCAGUUUAUUGCUGUGCCAAGCCGUAAGAGCACGAAGCAGCAGUCAAACCACCAGUACUGAUAAAAGUAGAUCAGAACUAAAUCAAAUAACUGAUUGUCCCUAAAAUUUGCUUUAAAUUUACCUCAUUUCAAAUUGUUUUACACCUCUGCUCGAAAGUAUGUGAACACCAAAUAGGCCAACACAUUGUUCACAGAUGUAACAUUGCAUCGAUCAUGUAAUGGUAAAGUGAUGAGUGCUGAUUAAUAAAGGGCACAGGCUCAUAUAAUCAGCUAAUUAUAUUAUUAAUAGAUUAUUAUCUAACUACUGAAAAGACACCAGAUGUAGAUUGAAUGCUCUGUUUUGUACUGUUUUUUCAGUGACUGUUACAUAAUGAAAAGAAUUAGCCUUUUAAACACCAGCGUUUGAGAUACAAUCCAUGCAGAACUUUAACUUAAAUACUGUAUUAGCAUAGCUACUUAGCUAUUUAGCUAUUCAUAAAACCACGCUACAGUCACCUGAUUUGAUCGUUGCUUUUCAAUUCCUAAAGAGAAAAUGUAUGUAGAGAAUGUACAUAUCAGGAAUGUGUGCACAUUGCAAGCACAUUGAAAACUGCUUUCACCCUGAUGUAAAUAAACCUAAACAAACUGAUUCCACCUCUUUUUGGUAAUAACUCAUUGCAAUAAUAAAAAUAGGAGAACACAAGUUUUAUAUGCACUUGUCUAAAAGAAGAGGGUAGAAUUUUAGAUUUAGGAAUUAACAGAGCACCACAGUACAUUUGAGAACAUGGCAUCAGUUCUGAGAACAUGGAUGCAUUUCAUUACAGUUCCAUUACUUUAUCAGAUAAAGGUUGUUAAAGGUUCUUCAUGAAUGUUGAAGUGAAAUGUGAAGGUUUAUUCAGAUGCUGGAAUGCUGUUACAAUUGUUACCCUGGUCGAUAUCAAAUUUGUAGGUUAAGAAACUAGCAAGAGAGAAAACUAGGUAAAAAAAACAAGCUGAUCAGCAACCUGAUAUAAUGUUUAUUUAUAGUUAAAACCAAACACACUUAUCACAGAAAUCACUUCAGCUUUAUUUCUACGUAACGCCAAAAGCAAAUUAGUAAAUCCAACCCAACAGACAUUUAAAACCACCUCUUUCUAGCCACCUUCAUACAGUAAUCUACUGGAUUGUUCCCAUGACACACAGGGUUACAUAAAAAGGAUCUCAGUCGAUGAAAUUAAGAUUUUUUUUCAAAGCAUUCCAUAAUUAGUUGUUUCAUGCAGAUAAUGUUCUCUAUAAUAGUUUUUUUAUUUAUGAAUUUAAAGUUUAAAGACGUUUCUCUUUAGAAAAGUGGAUGCAGUUUUUGAAAUCACUACAAACUAGGUGUGGAGUGCCAUGAUGAAUUUGAAAUGACAUGCUGAAACACUGAUGUUUAUGUGAAAUGUAAACAGGACAUUUUUAUGACUUUCAAACCAAGAAGCUCUUAGACAAAUUGAUACCAGCUCGAAAAUUCCAUUUAAAAUACCUAAACCAUACAAUUAAUCUUUUAUACACUAAAGUCAGUACAGGUACUGACUUUAGCAGCUGUGUUUGCUAUGUGAGCAGAUGAUUAAAACUUGUGCUUAUUUGUGCAAAGAACACUUUUUACUGAAGGUGUUCUAAAAGUAUGACAAUAUACGCUGGGUUAAACACGUACAAGCAGCAAAUUAGAUUAUUAUUUAACACUGCACAAAGUCAUUUACCUUUGUGGCAUGGCUUCCUAAUUUCUCAGAUUAUAAUUAUAAUUGACUACAGCUGGUGACUUCUCAAGGCCUAUAUAUAAUUAACUGGACCCAAUAUACUGAGCCACAAGUCUAAGAAGAUCUGUGCAGGAACGUCAUUUAGAGCCAAAAGUACAUUAACCAGUGGUCCAGUGGUCAGGAAAAAUGUAAACCCAGUACUUAGAAGAAUUUUGUCUGAAUGGUCAGAUGUAAUCAGUGUUAAAACCUGUAAUAGCAUAACAAAAGUAGGGAGUGUGUACUGGUAACUGAUCCUAAAGGGACAUUUACAGGGUUUAUGCACUCACAUACACACACACACACACUUUACACUCAUGAUAUUGUGUUCUUUUCUUUAUUUGAAGGUUUUAGUUCCAGAUUUAAUUUGGUUUCCUGAAUUUGUAUCCAUACCAACAGAUAUGAAUAAAGAAAAGAUAUUUUAUAAUAAA